GUCCGCCUCGCCAAUUCAAACCCAAAAAGUACUCUUUUAACUCACACCAAUUGGAACAUGCUUUCCUUUUCCCUGCCCAAAGUGCACAAGCAUAAGCAAUCAAUAAGCUCCCAUCUCAUCUUUCUUAUCUGCCUCUUCCUCUUUCCUUCUCUUCCUCCAAUUCUUUCUUCUCUUUGAUUCUCUCUUCCCUUUGCCUUUGCCAAAAUUCAAAACCCUAAAAACACACACACACUCUCUCUCUCUCACACACUCUUCCUCUCUCUGGUCUUGCCAAAAUCUCCUAGGAAUAUACUAUAGGGUCUCAGUUCUUUUGCCUGACCAUGCCUUUAUUUUGUACAAAUUAAAAGCUGCAAAAGGCUCUUCUUUUCUUAUCAAAAGACCAGCAUUUUAGGGUUUUUUCUCAAAUUGCAAGACUGAACCAAUUUCUUUCUGCUUAGUUGUGAUUCCACCUGAAUGAUCUGAAAGUCUUUUUUUUUUUCGUUGCCAAACAGUCUGGUAUUCUUGAACAAUGUCUGAUGAUAUGUUGAUACAUUUCUCCUCCAACUCUUCCAAUCAGUCAGACCAGUCGUUGCCCACCAAGAUUGCCAAACUCGAAGCUCGCAUGGUGGGUAAGACCUCUUCUGUCUCCUCCACCCCUGCCCAACCACAGCAACUGCAGCAGCAAGCCACCUGGACCUCUGUCUCUUCUGCAGUGAAAUUUGGGCCCGCCGAGGACUUGACUGAGCAUAUAACUUCCAGUGAUUCUGAUGAUGACAAUGGAGGAGAGUUUCUUAUACAGGCGAACACUCAGAAGCGCCAAAGGAUACAAGAAGAUAAUAAGUCAUCAGUUUUUGAACAUCUUGAGAUGACACAGGCAGUAGCUGAUGGAAGGCAAAAGACUGGGGAACCUGUGGACACAAAAACCAGUGCUGAUGCAAAUAGGAGAAAACAAGGGCGUGGUAGAGGGCAUUCUGUUUCAGGUAGAGGUCGUGGUUCCAGGGGCAAUGAUCAGAUGAGAUCACAAAUUUCUUCUUCAGCAGCAUCAGCUUCAAAUGGUCAGCUUGAGAACUCAUGCCACAAGGAUAAUAGGCAUAAAGACAACUUACGCAAUGAUGAUCGCACUUCAGCAGAGGAGGAGGUUGCUUCUCUGUGUGCAAAAGUUGCAGCUCUAGAGGAGGAGCUUCGUAAAUCUCGCCAAGAGGCCUCUGAUAAACAUAAUCUCUGUCACCAAUUAGAGAAGGAACUGAAGGAACUAAAAGAUUAUGAACAGCAAAUGAAGCCAAAGAGAACGAAAAUGAUAUCUGAUCUGCUGAUAUCUGUCUCAAAAGCAGAAAGACAAGAAGCUAGGAUGAAGGUUCGACAGGAUUCUUUAAGACUUGGCAAUGUGGGUGUGAUCAGAGCUGGAACUGUCAUAUCUGAGACAUGGGAGGAUGGGCAAGUGCUGAAAGAUCUAAAUACUCAUCUGAGACAUUUACUAGAAACAAAGGAGGCAAUUGAGCGGCAGAGGAAGUUAUUGAAGAAACGACAAUCUGGUAAAACAUCAAUUUUGUUUUAUUUGGCUAUGCAUAUUUUCUACUCAAGCGGUAUUAUUUGUGACUGUUUGGAACUUGGGAUUAAGGGAUAUAGCCAUCUAGUAUCAUCUGGUCUUUAG